AUGCCGCUUGUAUUUCCCCAUCUAUUUUCAGGUGAGUUUUAAAUGUGUCACUUUUUAAUUUUGCUAUGCUAUGACGAGCAGAGUAUUUAUUUUUAAACUAUAUUAAUCAAAUAUAAUAUUUAGUUUAGAGAAUAAUCAGGAAAACUCUAUAUGAUAUUUGUGAAAAUUUUGGAAUAUUUGAUAUUUAUCUAUAUUUAUAUUUAUUUUGUCAUCCACUAAUUAAAUUUCAAGAAACCCAAAAUAUAAUAAAGUCAAGUCAUAUAAUUAUUUUUGUUUUAAAAGCUAUUGUAUCUGUAUAGGCAUAGGGCCUACAAUGUUUGCAGAUGUAUGGACAUAGAAAUGAGAAUGAUCAAUAACUGACCAAUGAUAAACAAAUUUGAAUCAAUGUAAUGAAGUUUAAAUUAUUCUGUUCAAGUUAACUAAACAUUGGUAUGGUUUGUGGCCUUAGGUGGGAGAAAACCAUGGAGAAGGAUUUUACUUUUUGGACCACCAGGGACUGGAAAAUCUCGUCUAGCUCAAGCUGUCUCCACAGAGGUCAAGGCUACAUUUUAUUCUGUAUCCAGCACUGAUCUCAUGUCCAGCUGGGUUGGAGAAAGUGAAAAGUAGGACAACCAAAGUUUUGUUUUAUUAAACAAGGUUUUAAUAUUUCCCCAAUAUAGAAUAGAGAAUCUGUGAAAAAUCUCAUUGGGGUUCAUAAAUCUCUGGAUUAUAAUCAUUACCUUUGAUCUCGAGCAUAUUUCUAUUAUAUUUUUAAAUGACAGGUUUUAUGAAGCACUCAUAAUCUAACUUCCUAACAAAAUCAAAUACUCUUUUUUCAACAAUAUCAUAAUUGAUGAGAGCAACAACAUGUGUAAAGAAAAGAAUAAUCUAACUAUUAUUUGUCAAAUUAGUUUUUUUUUUUUAACAAUCUCUACUACAUACAUUAUAUAAAAAAUAUCUCUUGAUUUUUUUUUCUCCAAGGAUGAUCAAAGAACUUUUCCAUCAUGCAAGCAAUCAAACUUGCCAAUCAGUAAUUACAAUUUUAUGAGUCUCACAUGUAAAUGUAGAUUACUAGAUCCACUAAUAUGAGCAGGAGACAAAUGUAGAAAUUACAAAUACUUGAAAAACACUUAUUUUGUGACACUGUUUCUUUUGACAAGAGUAUACCUUAAUAAGAUAAAAUUUGAAGUGGUGUUUUAGAUACAUUAUCCUUUUUUUUUUGUACUGGUUUUGAAGGGUUCUAUUAAAAUAAUAAUAUUUACCAGCUUUUUAAAUGUAUUAUUAUCUGUCUCCAACUUAAAAAUAACAAAACUAUUUAUCUCAUAGCAUAAUUUCCAUGGCUCCAUCCCUUUUGGUCCGCACCCAACAACCUUUAAAUUAGUACAGUUUUUUGCUAAAUCUUUUUUUAAAAAGUAAAUCUAUAAAGUUGUUGAUGUUAAUGCCACUGACAGCUUACCAUCUCAUGAUUUUAGGUGAUAUUUAUUGAUGAGAUAGACAGUUUGUGUCGUCAGCGGAGCACCAGGGAAGAUGAAGGUACAAGACGGAUUAAGACAGAGCUCCUUAUCCAGAUGGAUGGAGCAGACAGACAAGUUCAAGACAAAAUAUUUUUGCUUUGUGCCACAAACUGUCCAUGGGAUUUGGACACAGCAUUUUUAAGACGCUUCCAGAAGAGGAUCUACAUACCUCUUCCUGAUCAGUAAGAUAUAGUUAUUUUUCAAUCAUAAUUGAUUUGUUUCAUAUGAGUUCUUCAAGCGUUAUAUGAUAACUUUAUUAUGUGAGUAAAAAUAAUGAGUAAAUUGAGAAUACAUUAAAACCGUUAUGCUAAAUUACUGCUGGUUAAAACCUGCAAAAAAUUUCAGCGAAUAAAAAUAGAAUUGCUUUCAGUGUUAAAACUUUUAAUUUAAAUUAUUUGAGUGGCUCACUUUCAAAGGGUGCUAAUUCAUCUCAAAUUAAUAUUAAUUUUAAUUUUGUAAAAUAGAAGUUUAAAUAGGGUUUGUAUAUUAAAAAAAAAGUAUAAUGUGACAUGUUAUUAAAACAAAGAACAGUUGACAUAAACAUGACAUAAAAAAGCUGUAAGUCUUAUAUUUUCAUUAUUCAGUGCAUCCCGGAUCCAGCUAAUGAAGCUUCACUGCGAUGGCAGUCAUGUAAAUCUUACAGACCAUGACUGGACAGAGCUGGCCAAUCUAACUGAAGGAUAUUCUGGUAGUGACUUGGCAACACUCACCAAUGGUGGCCUCUUCCAACCAAUUAGAGAUUUGCAAGCAGCAAACUAUUGGCAUGAGACCAAGGGUAUGUGGAUGUCUUUUGCUGCAUUGACAACAACUUCUAGACAGAGGCAGAUCAAAUUGAUGCUGCUGAAAAUUAUUCCAUUAUUUAUUAAAACAUUGUGUGUGUAGGGGUAUGGUAAUUUUAAUGCAAAUAAAAAAUGUAUUUUAUCCUGUCUUUCAAUCAUCUACAUCAAAGAAUAAUUUAUUUUCACCAAUGCUAUAAUGAAUUAUUUUUAUUUUCAAAUCAGUUUGAGGUCCUCAUAAAUUGCAAUUGAGUCAUUUCUAUUUUUUUCUGUUGUGAUUUAUUGUUUUUAGAUUUAUUUUUGCUGAUAAGUCUCAAUUUUCUCAAGUUAAAUUCACUUCAAUGUUCGUUUAGAUGGUAGAUGGGUGCCAUGUGAUGACACUGGUAAAUCAUCAUUAAAAGCAAAUAUAACAGACUUGCCACCAAAGAAGGUAAUUAUUCACCCAGACAUUAUAACAUAA